AUGGGACGUGAAGAACAAGAAGAAGAAGAAGAAGAAGAAGAAGAAGAAGAAGAAGAGGCGGAGGAGGAGAUGAGACGAGGUUGCACGGGGGCAGGGGAGGGGGAGGGGGGCGUUCUAGGGUGGCACAUCAUUAAUCAGCAGGGCGGCAGAGACCAGGGGGCGGAAGCAGGAGCAGCAGAAACAGCAGAGAUGAAAGUGCGAGGGGCGAGAAACAGAAAAGAGAUUCGAAUGCGACACGAAAACAUGAAUGGAGCAACCAGCAUCUAUUCUCAACAGAAGAAUGGACAGACAGAGCAGAGGUAUCGUCCUAGACCGAGCGCUGGAAACAGCAGUCACAACAGCGCUGGAAACAGCAAUAACAGCAGCAAGAACAGCGCUGCAGGAAGACACAGCACUGCGAAGCCAGACAAGGGAGGGGGCACAGACGCAGUGGAAGCAUCGUCUUAG